AGCCUCCGGCGGCUGGCGAGGAGAAUGGGAGUGCGGGGCGCCAGACCGCCGCGGGGUGUCACGGCCGCGGCGAAGCCUGCGAGGCGCGGGGCCGGCGCCCGCCGCUUUUAAACCCAGGAGGGCGCGGCGGCGGCUGGGAUCGCGGCGCGCGGGGCGCCUGGGCGGCUGCCGAAUGGAGAGGAAGGGCUCGGCGGCAGGGGCCAAGGGGAACCCGAGCCCGCCCGCGGCCGGCGAGGGGCAGCGGCCACCGCCGCCUCUGUGCGUCCCGGGCAGCGGCGGAGGGGCCCCCGCGCGGGGCCAGGCUGGGGCGGCGGCCGAGCCGGCCGAGCUCAUCCGGCGCGCGCACGAGUUCAAAAGCCAAGGGGCGCAGUGCUACAAGGACAAGAAAUUCCGCGAAGCCAUCGGCAAAUACCACCGGGCGUUGCUGGAGCUGAAGGGGCUGCUGCCGCCCCCCGGGGAACGGGAGCGGGACUCGCGCUCGGCCUCCCCGGCCGGGGCCCCCAAGCCCGGCCGCCUCUCGGAGGAGCAGAGCAAGACAGUGGAAGCCAUCGAGAUCGACUGCUACAACAGCCUGGCAGCCUGCCUGCUCCAGGCUGAGCUGGUAAACUAUGAACGAGUCAAGGAAUAUUGCCUCAAAGUCCUGAAGAAGGAAGGGGAGAACUUCAAGGCCCUUUACCGAUCUGGUGUGGCUUUCUACCACCUGGGGGACUAUGACAAAGCACUCUACUACCUGAAAGAAGCAAGGACUCGACAACCCACAGACACCAACGUGAUUCGGUACAUCCAGCUGACGGAGAUGAAGCUCAGCAGAUGCUCCCAGAGAGAGAAAGAAGCCAUGUAACUGGGAAGCCUCUCCAGAGCUGCACCCACUGCUGACUGGGGACGUCCAGGCACCCCUGCUGGAGAGCCCCUCCCUGGGUCCUGUUCCUUUCUCCCCACUUCUUACAGCUCUCCUUUUUUCCUGCCGUUGCACCCCAACUCUUUCCCAGUGCGAAAGGAAGGAGAAAUGCAUAUUUGGAAUCUGGCGGGUUGCCCAGACAAUGGAAACAUCCUCUUCUCUAGCAAUUCGGCAACUGAGAGGGGCCUAACUUCUGCUGGGACAGCUGCAGAAGGUCUCACAGGCUGGGAACUCCGUGGCUUUGACUUUGGCCAGUGCUUCUGACAGAGUUAGAGCCUGGCAGGUGUAUCAUCCCAAAAGCAGCUGGCACAGAGCCCAGGGUCUGGACCCUUCCACACCUUCCUGACAGACCCAGAGCAUCUCAAGGCAACUGUUACAAAUCCAGGGAUGAGACAAACACCAGAAGCAACGGUACAGCCAACAUAGAGACCGUGAAUUUAUACACUGGAGUCCCCCACGUCCCCGUCACCUUGGCCCUGCCUCCCUCCCUCCCUUAUUGUCUUGGUUUGUGCUUUCUUCUCGCCUCCUGGGGGAUCUGAGGCUGCCAGGAUUCACAUGCCACUGAAGCCCACGCUCAGUGCCCUCUGGUGACCGCACAUACCAUUCCCCAUCCUCCCACCCAGCAGGCACCUGUGACCACAGAAAGACAGGGCUAAGUGGGCCAAGUUUUGGGGCAGGGCAGCCAUGCAGGUGACAGGGCAGGGAAAGAUGACGCCCGGGGGAAAGAGCAUUGUAUAGGCUGGGGGAUUGAACUGUGGACUAAUUAAGUGUAAAUAAAGGUAAAUUAACAGGUAGCAGUUCCUGUGAUUUCUGUAGGAAGCAGCCCACACCCUCACUCUUACUCUGUCCCAAACCCUCAAUCAGAGCUUCUUAUAGCCAGGCAGGAUGGGACUUCCCCCAAAGCAACUGGCCAUUUGUCCAGUGGCAUACAAUGUGGGCUGCAGCCUUUGUGCUGUUAAGAGUGGGCUGGGAUUGUGGAGACUGCCCAAGGGCUUGGCUUUCUGGGAAUUUGUACAACCUCUUUUUGAUGAAAUUAUCUGGACUCAAUAUCUAGCGCAUUGAAUAUGUUCAACAAAUAUUUGUUGAAUGAAUAAGUUAUGACUGCAGACUGGCUCUCCUGCCUUAAACUAAUUUCAUCCCAGCCUAGUCUCCUGGUAUCUGUGCUCUUUAUGCUAUGCCAUAUUGCUUCAGUCCAAACAAGAGGGCUUCUCAUUUGCCCACCGUUUGUGCAAUACACUGUGGGGCACAGGAUGUAGUCCCGGUCUUCGAGGAGAUGGAAGAGUCGAGAAAUGCAGAUGAGAUUAUUACCAAUGACACCUUUAAUUUAUAUGAUGCUUUAAAAUUUUCAAAGCACUUUCAUGUAUUUUUCGUGUGAUUAGUGGAAAAGACAAUAUUGUACAAAAUUAAAAUAUAUACAGAUGCAAUAAUGUUCAUAGUUAGGAUUUAUUAAAUGCACUAUGUUCAGAUCUUUA